AUGGAGAGCACAGCCGACUCAGCAGAUCGGCCAGCUAUUCGACGACGCUUAGACAAUGUGCCUAGACUGAUGCUGCCCGCAAGGCCAUCAGCACGCAGAUUCCAGGACCUCCUGUCCUCCAUGAAGACCGAAGAUGUGGACAAGAUCCCUCGAUUACCGCAUACGCCACCAGCCUCGGACUUUGGGAGCCCCCAUAUCAAGAUCGAAGGAUCACCUACUUUGACACAAGGAAGCUUCUCCUCAAGCUACACCACGGCUCGCUCGAGUCCACCGGCCAAUUCACCAGUUCAGCUUCCCAGUCUCGCUGAGUUUGACCGCGGCGUCGAGUCCCUCAUCCAGUCAUCUGGACCCCCCUUCCCAGUGCGGCCAUUGCAAAGGACGCCUGUCGUGGCAAACGAGCCGUUGCCGCCACCGAGGGCCCUAUAUGACCAGCCAGUCUACGUGAACACUCCGUCAUCAAAAUCUCAUCAUUACUACCACAGCCCUUACCCCACCUCAGGAUAUACCAGCCGGCAUGAUGCCUCACGCUAUCCAUCGCCUUCCUCCGAGAAGGGCAAGCAUUGCAAUAAAAAGUACACCAAUGAGGAAGGCGACUUUAUCAUCUACAUGUGGACAGACAAGGGACUCAAGUGGGAGGAUGUCUGCAAGGAGUUCGGACGCCGAUUUGGUGGCCCCCUCCGCUCAACCCAAGGCCUUCAAGCGUGGUACUACCGCGCGAAUCUGAACAUUCCGGUCUGGGAUGAUGAUGGCUGGCUCGUCUUUGACAAAGAGGACGAUAUCGCGCCGCAGGUGCGCCAGAUCAAGUGCCGCGAACGCGACGCCCUUCCCACCCUGUGCCAACGCUAUCCUGAGCGCGCCGUGACAUAUCACUGGGUCGAUCCAGCUCAUCGGGAGCAAGCUUCCGAGUGGGCCGCCAAGCGCAAGCAGCAGCUCGAUGACCGCCAGGCGAGGCGGCGCGAAAGGGAGCAGUCGAGGCAAGACCGCCAUCCCUACGUUGGCCAUCCCAACGCUCGAUCAAAGCUAUGA